CGGGGAGCCCGGCAGCUGCACCGUCACUCGCCAUGAGGGCAGCGCUGGCCCCCGGUGUCCGCCUGCUCCGAGCCCUGCCCCGAGACAGCCGGUAUCGGGGGCUGACACUGGUGCUGACCUUCUUCUGCUACACCAGCUACCACCUCUCCCGAAAACCCAUCAGCAUCGUCAAGAGCCAGCUGCACCCCAACUGCUCGGCCUUGGGCCCCAACCCCCGCAAUGACUCCAACAACAGCGCGUGGUGCAGCUGGGCACCCUUUGAUGGGGACAACUACAAGGAGCUUUUUGGGGCCCUGGAUAAUGCCUUCCUGGUGGCCUAUGCCAUUGGGAUGUUUAUCAGCGGGAUUUUUGGGGAGCGCCUACCCCUGCGUUACUACCUGUCAGGGGGGAUGGUGCUGAGUGGGCUCUUCACUGCACUCUUUGGCCUUGGCUACUUCUGGGACAUCCAUGUCCUCUGGUACUUCAUCAUUGUCCAGGUCUGCAACGGGCUGGUUCAGACCACCGGCUGGCCCUCCGUUGUGGCGUGCAUUGGGAACUGGUUCGGGAAGGGAAAGAGAGGUUUGAUCAUGGGCAUCUGGAACUCACACACCUCCGUUGGCAACAUCUUGGGGUCGCUCAUCGCUGGGGCGUGGGUUUCCUCCACCUGGGGCUUGUCCUUUGUUGUGCCCGGCAUCAUCAUCGCUGUCAUGGGCAUCAUCUGCUUCUUCUUCCUUAUAGAGUAUCCUGAGGAUGUUGGCUGCAGCCCGCCUCUGCACCAUAUGGCCACUGAUGAGGAGGAUGCUAGAGGGGUGACCUGCAAUGAGAAGGAUCCUGGAGCAGUCACCUCCAAUGAAGGGCCACUGAGCAUCACAGGCCAGACAACAGAUCACACCAACAGCCCCAAGCAGCCAGCUGAGGAGCCCGAAGCCAUCAGCUUCCUUGGGGCCCUCCGGAUCCCCGGUGUGGUGGAGUUCUCCCUCUGCCUGCUCUUUGCUAAGCUGGUGAGCUACACCUUCCUCUACUGGCUGCCCCUCUACAUUGUGAAUGUUGCUCAUUUCAGUGCCAAGGAAGCCGGGGACCUCUCAACUCUCUUUGAUGUUGGGGGCAUUUUAGGGGGGAUCUUUGCUGGCCUCAUCUCUGACUACACGGGCGGCAGGGCCACCACAUGCUGCGUGAUGCUGGUUGUUGCUGCUCCCAUGCUGUUCCUGUAUAACCACGUUGGCCAGAAUGGCAUUGGCACAUCAGUAGUUAUGCUGAUCAUCUGUGGCGCCCUGGUUAACGGGCCCUACGCUCUCAUCACUACGGCAGUUUCAGCAGAUUUGGGAACUCAUGAGUCUCUCAAAGGCAACGCCAAAGCCCUUUCUACCGUGACAGCCAUAAUUGAUGGCACAGGAUCUGUAGGUGCUGCGCUGGGGCCACUGCUGGCAGGGCUCAUCUCCCCCACGGGCUGGAAUAAUGUCUUCUACAUGUUGAUAGCAGCUGAUGUCUUGGCUUGUGUGCUCCUCGCUCGUGUGGUGGUCAAAGAGGUCCGUGGGUGGUGUGGCUUCAUGGCAAGGAAAAGAGGGUUUAAGGAGUUUUGACGUCCCCCCACAAGACACCCUGAGCUGAGAGGCUUUGGAGGGAGGAGAGGCUGGGGCACGCCAGGAGCGUGUUUUGUCUUGGCAGAGCCAAGACACGGCCUUGGGCAUGGCCCCGUGAGUUCCUACAGCCACCGUGGCUUUCCUUCCAAGGGAGGCAGUGACAAGGAGCAGUCCGAGGGCCUCAGCCGUCUGGUUCUCUGGGUCAAUUCUUCACCGUUGGCCCUUUUCUUAAUAAAAAUCUGCAAAAUC